UGGCAAAAUAUAAGCAUGAUCAAUUAUUUUAAUGAUUAUGCCAACCUAUGCUUUGAGAAGUUUGGUGAUCAUGUGAAACACUGGAUUACUUUUAGUAACCGGUGGGCAGUUACUGAAAAAGGUUACGAAAGAGGAGAACAUGCACCAGGACUGAAGCUCAGUGGAUGUGGAGCACACCAUAUAAUUAAAACUCAUGCAAAGGUAUGGCACUCCUACAACACCACCUGGCGCAGUGAGCAGCAUGGUAUGGUUGGAAUUUCUGUAACAAGUGACUGGGGGGAACCUGUUGAUCCACACAGCCAAGCAAACAUAGACACUGCUGAGAGAUAUGUACAGUUUCAUUUGGGGUGGUUUGCAAAUCGAAUUUACAGAGGAUACUAUCCAGAAGUGAUGAAGAAUUAUGUAGGGAGGAAGAGUGCCCAGCAGGGCCUGGGGACAUCAACGUUACCAACUUUCUCUGCGCAAGAGAAAAGCUACAUAAAAGGCACAUCGGAUUUCCUGGGAAUAGGUCACUUCACGACUCGCUACGCCAUACAGAAGAGUUCUCCCUUCCUACAAGGGUCCAAUUACAACACUGACCGUGAUUUGGCAGAACUAGCGGACCCUAAAUGGCCAGUGCCAGGCUCUGAGUGGCUAUAUUCUGUGCCCUGGGGAUUCAGAAGAUUACUCAACUUCAUUAAGACGCAGUACGGGAACCCUCUCAUUUACGUGACAGAGAACGGAGUUUCUGAGAAGGUGCAGUGUGCUCAGCUGUGUGAUGAAUGGUGAAUAGAGUAUCUGAAAGGAUAUAUUAAUGAGAUACUGAAAGGUAACUUGAAAAAAGUUUUUCACCUUUUUCAAAACUUACCAUUUACAUCAGAAAUAAAACAGCAUCAGAAAUACAAUGAGUGUACUGCUGAAAAUGACAUUUCUUAUAAUCUCUUCAUUUCUCAAAUUUUAGAUUCCUUGAUUACUCAUAUGGAAAUGGUGACAGAAAUUGUUCUUCCUACAAUUUUCACACUCUGCAUACUCACCAGUAUUGUCCUACUCCUGUUCUUCCCAAAAAAAACACAGCUAAAAUGGCACAAUUGAGCACUUCCUUUUUGUCUAACAAAAACAAUACAGUAAGCCAGCUGUAUUGUAGAAUACUUACCACAGAUUCCUCCUUUUGCACCACUGUAAGGGUGCAG